AUGCAGUCGAUACUUGGUCGACGAUCCGUGGCCGGCCUGAGUACCUCACCAGCUCGCUUUUCCCGCCAAAUAUUACAUCCUCAAGCUCUCCAAGCUCAAAGAAAAUAUGCGACAGACAACAAGGAGAAUAUCAAACGCGGUCCGGGUGGAGAGCCACAAGGGACAACAAGCAGAGUGCCACUAAUCUUUGCCGUCAUGCUUGCCAGUCUGCUACCACUCUACUAUUUCACACAAGCUACUGUAGGCACGGGAAACAAGUCACCUGGUGCAGGACAGGCGACUAUCAGAGACAAACGAAACGAGCAUGGUACCGAGAACGAAUACCGCGACCCCAGAGACAGUGGGAAGAAGACUACGCCGGGUGAGGAGAAACGACGAAACAAUUCAGGGACUGCUCCAGGCAACUGA